AUGUCGUCGGAGAACGAAGCUCACUGGUCAGUUGGUGGUUCCCGCUUCAGUCGCCUCACGCUUCAGGGCAAAAUUGACAACAAUGUAAACAAGCUUCGUGCCGACCGUGAGAGCGGCAGCCCGACUGCGGAGGCUCGUUAUUGUUCUGGUGGAUCAGAGAAGAAUAGUGCAGUUUUGGUUUCCCCUCCUCCGGCACCGUUUGCGACCAAGCGACGGAGAUACAUGGCUUUCGUGAACGACAAUGGGGAGGAAGUAGCGGAAGCAGAGGAAAUCGGAGCCGAUAAUCGUAGAUCUCGUAGGAGAUUGGUGAAGAAGCUCUGGGACGAUUUUGAUAUGGUGGCUAGGGAGAAUGAGGGAGCUGAUCUAUCAGAAACUGGAAACGAGGAAACAAUUGGGAAAUUGACAAGUUAUGAUGAUGAUGCUACUAUUAUGAAGGCGGAUGUUGAUGUAAAUAAUUCGAAGUAUGAAGGAAAGAAGGCGAAGGCUCCAAAGAAUAGCAAGAUUCAAGGUAACAAUAAAACUGUUUCUGGCAAAAACGGGGCUAGAACUUCCACAAUAUUGGCAAAGCGUGACUCCAACUAG